CGCGGCCACAGCGCUCCGCCCGAGCGCGCCGGAGACACGCGGGGAGCGGGGUCUCCACUGGCCGCCGCGCAGCCUGUUCUUCUGCGCACCCUCCGCCUCCUCCCGGCCCCGCUCUCUCUCCCAAGUCGGGCCCGGGGUCUCUGCGGCUGUUAGGGACAGCGGCGAAGAAGGAAGGACAGUCUUCUUCGCCGUGGAUGUUCCGCCCGGGAAAGACAGCAAGUUGUGUGUGCGCCCCGGACUCGGGAGAGAAGGCGGCCGCCGCCCGCCAGCCAUAGAGUUACUGCAUCUAAAGGGACACAGAACAGUUGCUGCAAGUUAUGAGCAUGAACUUCCAAGCCAAAUAAACCAGAGGACCAUCGUCCUUACUACAGAGGAUGGGAAGUUGAUGCCCAGUGAGACUGAAGACCUGUUCUGUUAAUAGACACUCCCUGUUACGGAACUGUGGCUCACCUGGGGUUCCCUGGUGGUUUCAAACGCACCUUCCCUCACUCCUGCAGUCCCAGAACAGUUACUUUGGGUCCUCAUUGCCCUAUCUGGUGAAAGAUGGCAUCCAGCCUGACUUGUACCGGAGUGAUCUGGGCUUUGCUCUCGUUUCUUUGUGCUGCCACCUCCUGCGUUGGGUUCUUUAUGCCUUACUGGCUCUGGGGAUCACAACUGGGCAAGCCUGUGUCCUUCGGUACUUUCCGGAGGUGCUCAUAUCCUGUGCAUGAUGAGAGUCGGCAGAUGAUGGUGAUGGUGGAGGAAUGUGGGCGCUAUGCCUCCUUCCAGGGCAUCCCCAGUGCAGAAUGGAGGAUCUGUACCAUCGUGACAGGCCUGGGUUGUGGCCUCCUCCUUCUGGUGGCUCUCACUGCCCUCAUGGGUUGCUGUGUGUCGGAGCUCAUCUCCAGGACAGUGGGAAGAGUGGCUGGAGGAAUUCAGUUUCUGGGGGGCUUGUUGAUCGGUGCUGGCUGUGCCCUCUACCCCUUGGGCUGGGACAGUGAGGAAGUCCGGCAGACUUGUGGCUACAUUUCUGGCCAGUUUGACCUGGGUAAGUGUGAAAUCGGCUGGGCCUACUACUGCACAGGAGCAGGUGCUGCCGCCGCCAUGCUGCUGUGCACAUGGCUGGCUUGCUUCUCUGGCAAGAAACAGAAGCAGUACCCAUACUGAGAUGGGGCCACCAAGAGCAAACAGAGGAGAAGAUGGGCCGAAGGGGCUUGGAGGUACUGAAGCAUCCAGCUACUUUCAAAAGGUGGAAUAGUGGUUCUAAUCCAUACAAUGCUAAUGAAAUGAAUCCCAGUGGAAUCAGAAACCUUAUAUACUAUGGAAGGGUUGUGCACGAUUUGUGAAAGAAAGAGAGAGCAUGGAAUGAUAGAGAAAAAUGGACCAAAGGCUAAAAAUAUUGCAGGGUGUUGGGUGUUUCUAUUCCACAGAGUAUUGUUAAUGUAGAACACAAACACACACAAAACAAAUUUAUAUAUGCAAACAAGGGUUUUGUUUUUUUUUUAAAGAUGAGGACUCAGAAUCAAAGGGCUAGUAGAAACAGUAUUAUGUUGGGAAGCAGGGUAACCCGCAGAUGUUCCCUGUAGGUCAUGAUGCUUCUGGAAGCACACGAGCACAUACAGACAUACACAUCCACACACAUGGCCCAUGCACAAACAUAUGAGUUGUUGCACAGACUGUAUGAGAGGUUUAGCGGUGCAUUACUCCUCUGUUUUCUUUUUAAUAUACAUUUAAAACACAGUAUUAUCACUUUAUAAAGCAUACAUUAAACCUAAUAAAUGGACCAAUAAGCCACUUUAUCAGUAUUUUAUAUAUCCUGCAUAAACUCUUUAUGCCCUCAACGUGUUUUCAGUGUUUAUGCAGAGCUUUAGAGUUAAGCCUUUGUAUUUCAAUAUUAUUCAAAAAUAUGCAAUAUUUCUCUGAGUAGCUUCUGCUAUGAUAUUCUUACGAAGUAAAGGAUCAAAUUUCUGUCCACUGUAGGGGAGAAUUCAGUUGAAGAUAUGUGAGUGAUGGGAGACAUUUUCCAUUCAUUAGAUCUUGUUUUCUUUUGCCCAUUAUUGUACUGUGCUGUACCACAUUUAUUUCAAUAUUCAUUUUGUAAAAAAUAAAAAAAGUGCUAUUUUGUUUGUAUUUGAAAAGCUCUGUGAAUAAAUUCUCUCUUUGAUCAAUA